AUGCCUCCACGCAAGAAGACAUCCGCCGCCAACAGGAAGGCUGCCCCCGCUGCAGCCCAGAAAGCUGCGGCUGUGAAGUCGACAACAGCGGCGAAGCGGGGUGCUCGAGCUACUCCCACUCCUCCUGCGGCGACCCAGCCUACUCCGCCAGCCCCCGUUCCAGCCGCACCUAAGGUCACCAAACACGAAAUCGAACUAGAGGUCACGCUCGCGCCUGUCGAAGGAAACCUGAUCCGCCUCGAUUUCUGCACAGGAAAGAGCGCCGAGAGUGCCAAUCUAAGCCGGAAGCGAACACUGCGCAAUGCCUUCCUCACCACGUGUUGGGUUCAGGGCAUCGACGACGCCGAAGUGGUCAAGUGCACCGAUGUGAACGGGAAGAUGGUGGCCGAUCGCACCCUGGCGCAAAUACUGGGUCACCACGAUGACACAUACUGCAACGUUACCUUCAGCGAGGAAGAGGAUGUGGGAGACGAAGAUGAUGAGGGAGACGAUCGUAGUGGCUGGGGGUGGGGUUACACCCAGGCGUUGUAG